AUGUCGGUCCCCGAGUCCACAUACCUGAGCGCUGUAUGGCGAGACAACAUCUUCAAGGACAAGGUCAUCUUCGUCACCGGCGGCGCAGGUACCAUCUGCAGCAUGCAGACCAGAGCAAUGGUCCGACUCGGAGCGAAUGCCUGUAUCCUGGGCCGAAACGCCAGCAAGACGGAGGCUGCUGCCAAAGAUAUCGCGACGGCUCGACCGGGCGCCAAGGUCAUUGGCAUUGGUGAAUGCGACGUGCGUAAGGUUGAGAGUCUCGAGGCCGCGGCUGCGCGAUGCGUCAAGGAGUUGGGAGGCAUUGACUUCGUAAUUGCUGGCGCGGCAGGCAACUUUGUCGCCUCGAUUGACGGAAUCAGCUCCAACGCCUUCAAGACCGUCAUGGACAUUGAUGUGCUCGGAACCUACAACACCAUCAAGGCCACGAUCCCCCAUCUCCUCCGCAGCUCGACCCCCCGCAUCAUCGCCGUCUCGGCCACCUUCCACUACACCGGCAUGCCCUUCCAGGCCCACGUCGCAGCCGCCAAAGCGUCUGUGGACUCACUCAUCGCCAGCGUUGCGCUCGAGUACGGCCCUCGUGGCAUAUCGGCCAACGUCAUUGCUCCGGGCCCCAUUGCCGAGACCGAGGGCAUGGCUCGUCUGGCGAGCAGCAAGCCAGAGCAAAUUGCGGCGUUUGCAAAGACGAUUCCUUCCGGGCGAUACGGCACCGUCAAGGACAUUGCGGACGCGACGGUUUUCCUCUUCAGCGACGCCGGCAGCUACAUCAAUGGCCAGAUCAUCCCCGUAGAUGGUGCGUCGUGGAGAAGGCAAGGAGCCUAUACGGUUGGCGUGGAUGCGGGCGUCCCAUAUCCCGACUUUCUCCUGAACAACCAGAUCUCUGAGGGUCUGAAGGGAGGAAAGAAGGAUAAAUCCAAGCUUUGA